GUUUGUAUCGUACUUCCCUCAUCUUUUCUCUCUCCCUAUGGCACCAUUUAACCAUGUAAGGAGGAGGAACGUUGUCGGAAAUCUACCAGAGCUCCAAGAGAUUGUUAUUGAGGAUGAGAGAUGGAUUGGAGAGGCUCGAACGCUUGGAAUUCUCGUCAUCGUCGAAUGGCCUCGAUUCUCCCGAACUCUCUUUCUCUAUCAAGAAAGACAUCGCUCAGAUCCAAUCUCUCUGCGUUGAGAUGGAUCGUCUCUGGAGAUCCGUCGCUUCCAAACCUCAACAUGAUCUCUGGAAGCAAAAAGUGGAACAGGUGGCUGAAGAAGCUGACUCAUUGAAGGAAAGCCUUGAUAAGCAUUUACCGCGCCAUCAGAAAAGGUUGCAGGAGGUUAACGAGAGGGCGCAACUACUUGAGAGAGCCAAUGGGGACUCUGCUUUUGUAUUGAGAAUCUUUGAUGACGAAACACAAGCAAUGCAAUCAGCCCGUAACUCAUCCAAGAUUCUUGAAGAAGCUUAUUCUACUGGAGUGGCCAUUCUCUCCAAAUAUGCAGAGCAAAAGGACAGCUUGAAGGUAAUGCAAUGCCUCAUGUGUAUCGUACUCUCUGUACUUCUUCCUUUAAUUUGAUU